AUGGCGGAGACAUCUACAAGCAAAGGAAAAGCACGUCCUACUCGCGCGCCUGUCGUGGGUGGACUAUACAGAGCAGACUCAGUCAAAGAUGUUGCAGACUCCCUGGGCAUCGCAAACUUACCGGAUAGUGUGGCUGCAGCGCUUGCAAGUGAUGUCGAAUAUCGCCUCCAUCAAGUCGUCGAGGAAGCUGCUCGUUUCACUCGACAUGCCAGGAGAAGUACAAUGUCGCCGGCAGAUAUCGACCAAGCACUACGAGUUUUGAAUAUUGAGCCUUUGUAUGGCCACUCCUCCGCACAUACACCGACCUUCAGGCGGGCAGUCCCCCAACACACACUUUCACAAUCAGUUUAUUUUUUAGAGGACGAGGAAAUUGAUUUCGAUAAGGCAUUGAAGGAGGAAGUCAUAACCGUUCCUCCCCCUGUACGCUACACAGCCCAUUGGCUCGCAAUCGAAGGAAUUCAACCACUGGUGCCUGAGAAUCCCACCACAUCGGCAGAAACAAAAACGGCUACAACCACUCAAGGGCCGCCUUCCCCUCGAGCACGAAAACAGGGAAUCGCUGCACCCACGACGACAAAUUCUACUACUGCUGCCUCGACAUCCGCUGCUACCCUUGUCAAGCACGUGCUACCUCGGGAGCUUCAGCUUUACCACGACCGAUUAUCAUCGGCACUAAUUAGUGGUAAUGAACGCAAGAGAACAGCAGCGCUGAGCAGCCUUAGAGCAGACGCUGGCCUUCAGGCUUUGCUUCCAUACUUAAUACGUUGGAUUGGUGAGACUGUUGUCCGAGUACUUAAGGGGGAGGGGGCAACACACACUGGGGAUGAUGGCAGCGACGACGAUGCAAUGUUUGGGUCCGAUGAGCUAGACCGAGCGAAGCUUGAUAUCAUGCUCGAUGCACUAAAAGCCUUGUUGGAUAAUAAAACUCUAUUCGUGGAACCUUAUCUUCAUCAAAUCAUGCCUCCGAUUCUAUCCAUACUAUUAACUGCAUCCUUAGGAUCCAGCUCCUCAUUCUCUUCCUUUGACUCCAAUCCACCUCCCCGGCAUGUUCGCAUGCACGCCGCCUCACUUCUGAGUCACGUUCUAAAUCUUCACGGCCCAACAUAUCCUUCCCUGGGUGCACGCGUACUAAAAACUCUUAUUAUUGGUGCGACUGCUCCUGGACGCCAGCGUGGGACCAGAGAAGGAGCUCUACGAGGCCUUGCUGCUCUGGGUCGUGUUGCCGCAGGACGAGCGCUUAUAGGCGCCCAUGCCCUGAAAACCAUUGAAGGCGAGAUUGAUGUUGGGUCCGAAGUCGGAUCUGAAAGUGUCGAGGAUUUGAUACAAGGAGCAACGGUUGCCAUACAUGCGCUACAUCCAAUUCCCACCCCAACCCCCCAGCUCUGGGGCGAGCCACAGAUCCGACCACUUGAACCGUCUUCCGAAGAAGACAGGGCGCUGCUCGAUAAAUUGAGCGAGUAUUUCGGUCAACUCUUUACUAUGCGGGUUAUUGUUGAAGCGGGUAAUGCGCAAUGGACACGUGGGCUCUUGGAAGCCAUUGAGUCCUCGAAAACAGAGUACUUGGCUGAUGCCACAGCAAGCACCAGAUGA